AGUGCACCGAUCCAUUCUUUAUCCUUCUUCCCCUGACUCUAUUCCUUCUCCUUCCUCAAUCUCCAUAUCUUACACUACUUCGUUACCGUCUGGCUUCUCGUAUUUUCUUCUCCGACCCUUGUCUUCUUCCAAGUCAGUCAGGACAGCUUCUUUCUUCUUCAUCGGAGGUAUUUUGAGGCAGAAAUAAGAAAUUGAUCAAAUGGCAUCAUUAACAGCUCUCCAGACAUUCCAUACACUCCAAUGUGCUAGUUCCAACUCAGAUGUCUUCCCCUUGUGCAAUCAUAAAAGUCCUUUAAAAAAUUUCUUCAGGCCAAGUCCGCAACCUUUGCGCUCCCUCUGCCUAUGUUUGUCUAGCCACCGUAGCAGACGCAAUUCAAACCCUUCUGUUUCUUCCAAACAGCCGAAAAAGAUGCAGCGCAAAACCACAAAGAAAAGAGUCGAAGAAGAUGAAGAUGAAGAUGAAGAUGCCCUUGAGGCUCUUUUUAGUCAGCUUGGAGAAGAUCUGAAAAAUGAUGAAUUAUAUGGUACUGAGGAUGAUGACGAUGAUGACGAUAUAAGCGAUGAAGAGCUUACUAAACUUGCACAAAAUCUAGCUGAGGCUCUGGUGGAUGAAGAUGAUGAUAUAAGUGAUGACGAUGAUGGUAUAAGUGAUGAUGAUGAUGAUAUAAGUGAUGAAGAUGAUGUUAUAAGUGAUGAAGAGCUUGCUAAACUUGAACAGGAGCUAGCUGAGGCUCUGGCGGGUGAAGAUGACGAUAUAAGUGAUGAAGAGCUUGCUAAACUUGAACAGGAGCUAGCUGAGGCUGUGAAGGAUGAUAAAAUAUUUGGGGCUUUGAAUUCUGCUACAAUUGAAGAUGUCAGUGAAGAGGAAGAUGAUGAUAAUGAUGAUGAGGGUGGAUAUGAAGUUGGUGAUGACAAUGAAGAAGAGGAAAGAUCUGUAAACCUCAAAAAUUGGCAACUUAGGAGACUAGCCUAUGCUCUGAAAGACGGUCGCCGUAAGACUAGGGUGAAAAAUCUUGCUGCCGACCUAUGUCUAGACAGAGCUGUUGUUCUUAGAUUACUUCGUGACCCUCCUCCUAAUCUUGUUAUGCUGAGUGCUACUUUACCCGAUAAGCCUGAUUCAACAAUCUCUGGUACUAUGAAGGAAGUGGAAGCUGUUUCUUUAGAGACAGAGACAUCGACAACAAAGCCUGAAGUUAAGGCAGAAGUUCCUGUUCAUGUCAAGCAACACAAUUGGUCCGCUAAAAAGAGGCUGAAGAAAAUGCAACUUCAGACUCUGGAGCAAGUCUAUGAACGAUCGAAGCGCCCAACUAAUGCAAUGGUUAGCAGCAUCGUGCAGUUGACAAAUCUGCCGCGGAAAAGGGUUGUGAAGUGGUUUGAAGAUAGACGAGCUGAAGAUGGGGUGCCCGAGCGCCGGUUGCCAUAUCAACUAAAGAGGCAGUAAGUACUCUCUCUCUUUCUCUCACUCUCUCUCUCUCUCUACAUACAUAUAGAUAUAUAUAUAUAUAUAUGUAUAUGUUGUAGGGAGUCUGGUAGGAUUGGAGCUGAUAUGGAUAGAAAGUUCUUUCAAAUUGUUAUUGCCCAGCCUUUCUUAUUUAUUUAUCUUGCAGUCUUUGGAACAAUUUUACUUAUAUUUUGUCUUUAGAUCAAAAUCGACUAAUGUUUUACUAUGUUUCUCUCUUGUUUUAUGCACUAGGGUGAAAUGGGUAGAAAGUUCUUUGAAA